AACACUUUAAAGGAAACUGGGAUGCAAAAAUCAACCAAAAAAACUAUAAAGCACAUAUUAUGCACCCUUAAAACCAGAAAACAACAACAAUUUAAUUAUGAAGUAGAACGGCUUAUAUUAUGUAUGAAAUAGGGUACGAUGAAAUAGGUUACUGUAUUCGGAUAUAUCGAUAUUAAUUCGGACAAAAGAAUGGAUCCAGCCCUAACGCAGGCACUAAAGACGGGGGUUGCUCCAAUGCAGGAGUACCUUCUUCAGGGCAGCAUUUUAGAUGGUUCCAAGGACAUCCUGCUUCACAGACUGCGAGGGCUCUGUGACAAUGCAGACACCGCCCCAGAGACCUUUUCUGACCAUGAAAUGGUCUUCCAGAUGAAGGGUCCUCAACAACAGAUGCUCCCAAUCAAUGUGCAAGUCCGACAUUCCUUGGUGCAUCCAGAGUGCUGGCACUUGAGAUAUGUUGGGCAGACAGAGAUGGGUAUUGGAGACAAGAGCAGACACACACUUGUACGAACAUGCCUUGACAUUGGCGUCUCGGACACUGUGGUCAAGUUCCUCAAUGAAAUGGGAUUCCGUGCUGACUUUGAAUUUGUUGCCAGAGGAAUAUUUUUCCACAAGGGAAGAAUGAAAGUUACUGUGUCAAAACUGUUCAAGCUGAGCCAGCCAGGUGAUCCCCAGGCUGGACUCGAGCCUGUUUCGGGCUCACACCUCGUAGAGCUCAGCGUGGUCGCCCCUACUGGACAGGAGCAGGUCGGGGAGGACAUGAAGAACUUUGCUGAGCAGCUCAAGCCCCUAGUAUGUCUUGAAAAGAUUGACCAUAAACCUUUUGCUGCAGCCAAGCAGGGAACCUGAGGGGGUUGGUGCAGGAAGCCGACGUGGAGGGAACCCCUAGGACUACUAGGCUGGAACUGUUGUGACAAUGGCAUGCUUGGAAUAUUCACUGAGGAUACAGAAGCCGGGACUGUUAUAGUGAAUUCUAAAAGAUGAGCAAUACUCUGUUGUGUAUAUUUGAGCAUUUCAAAUAAUUCACAUUUAACAUUGAAACAUUAUUAUUUGUGCAGAUUUGUAUGAGUGGAAAAUUAUUUUAUUUUAUUUUAAAUCCCAUUUUGUAGAGGAAAUUUAAUUUACCGGUACAAAUAUAAAAAAGAAAUCAUAUGGUCACAAAACCUCACAAUUAUAUUUUUAUUUCUUUUGUCACCAGAUGAUACAAUUGAAUCUUUCUUAUUGAUGUAUUACAGUGCUUACAAUACUUU